AUGGCCAGGUUUCCCUUCUCUUUCACUGGCCGCAAAAAGCCAAAUAUUCCACCUCCCCCGGCUGGAUGGCGAAUGAGCAAGGCGCACAAGAUUCUGGGCGCUACACCGUUAAACAUCGAUGCGCCAGAUAGAUGGGACGACGUGUCUUCCUUGAUGACCAGUGACGACACGUCUUCAACCACCGGCGCCAGUUCCGAGUUGGAACUGCGAGGCGGCCAUGAAUACGAACACCAAUUCUCCAUUGCAAAGUCGGAUGAGGACUGGGGCGAAGAAUCAGAUGCAGCGAUUCCGAUUCCUCAACCCUCGAAACUGAAUGACAUGGGCUUUGGACAACCAACCGAGAUUGUUGAGGCAGAUACGGCCGGAGCACUAAGGAAGAGUCAAUCAUCCUCGACGAUCCGAUCAUGGUAUGACAAGUCCAAGCUGCCACUGUCAAUUUCUCCACAAACGUCCUCGUCUGCCAUGGCGAUGGGGCUACCGCCCAAAUUUCAGGGGGGCCUCGACACACUCAAUCCGGAGGAAGAUCGCGGAUCCAGGAAGAAGCUCUCGAAAUUGGCUUCUUCUCGCGUAUAUCGAAAGAGGAGCGAUUCAGGAGACAAGGUCACGGCUACAGAGUCGGCUCUCAAUCGCAAGUUUCGUCCUCGAUCCAUCAUCUCCUCCCUUUCAGUCAAGUCCACAAGAGCUCGGGAGUCGCGACAUUUUCAGAAUAAACGUACCAAAGGGGAUCCUCAUUCCCCAGUUCCUGAAGCCCGUCGGCCAGUAACCAGUGGUAGCAGUCGACUCCGUCGCCGAGAUUCUCGAGAGCUCCCCUCGCUCUAUAGCCACUAUGAGGAGAUGUCCUUGAGACACGUCAUGAGACAAUCAUCGGCUCCCACCUUGGCAAUGACUGAAAAUGGAAUCUUGACACUCCAAAACAUUGCUGAAAUGCCUUGCGACGGCGGCCGAGCGGUUGAAAAACCUGCCCAUCAACGACAAAAGCCUGUGUCCCCAAUACCGAAACUACCCACGCGUCCUAAAGCCGCCGCUUCGCAGUCAUCGCCCGACGUGAGUGUCUCGAGUCGCCAUGCCAAAACGUCAAAGACGUCGAAAAGUCCGGACAAAUUCCUUGACGACGCUGAUUUGCUGCAAACCAGUGUGUUGAUCCUGUCUUCGGAUUCUGAAGAAGAUGAUGUUGAAGAGGAGCCGAUACUCACCCGGCCCUCAGCGCUACCGCUUGCAAGAAACCCGUCCAAGGCGGAAGCCAGUCCGCCACGGCUCGAAGAUUGCCGGACUAGGAUAGUCUGCGACCCCAGGGCUGGCGAGAAGCGGCAUGGUCGGUCCACCGAGCAGGGCAAGGGGAGCAAUAUUCCAACAUCAAAAACUUGCCUUGCGAGCCAAGGCUCCGGCACCCGUAUUGGAAGCCCUGUAGAAACGAGGUCGGGGUCUGCGACUCCUGUCGAAAGCUUGUUUCAUGCACUCUCUUCUCCCGGGAUUUCGAUCAUGUCGUACGCUUCAGUGAAUUCAGAAAUGACAUGGCAAGGGAAACCGGGGUACGGUAUACAGGAGGCUCGUCUAAUGACCGUGCUGCAACCUCGGCAGCCUGUCAGCGUCGAGGUUGAAGAGAAGCAAGACGAAGCUUCACUCACAACUGUCGGAGCGUCCAGACAACCAACCCUCAAUCAAGCCUUGUCAACGGAUCGCCCGACGCCACCGUUAAGUCCCACGUCGGUUGACUUUUAUAUUCGCUCCGCACCCUCGUCUGUCCAUGGCCCGGGAAGCCACAGUCGACUCAUGGCUGUCACACAUCAAGAGGAAGUGCUCCUAUCUGCUCUACGGCAUAAGCAGCAGGCCGUGCGCAGGGAGUCUGCGCUCAACGUGUCAGAAGAGAAUGAACCUGAAAGCGUCGCAAGUAUGGAAGGGCAACCAAAGAAUUGCAGCCAUGAGCAGCAGGGUAUGGAAGCCGACGUGUCGAGUGACCAUGCUGUACUUCCGGCUGAAGAAGGGCAACAAAAGGGGCAUCGGCCAAACGAGUCGCAGACAACCAUCGUCGGUUCGACAUUUGAGUUUGGAUUCCCGGCCCCCCCGUCUUUCAGAGCCAACGCCAGUAUUCAGAUCGAGCAGGGUGUCGGGCGUCCCGAGUCCUCUCGCGCUCUCCCUAUUCAAUCCCAGGACAUGGUAGUCCCUUGCGGCGAUUCUAUUCCGACCAGGCCUGCUGGUCCUGCUCCAAUGCUUGCGCUGCCCAAACUCCCCAGACAAGUAAGGAAGUCCAAGUCUUCGGGCCGCGACUAUGCCAGCAGCAAAAGUCAACAAGGGGCGACUGUGUAUUUUGAUGACUCUGCAGCAAGCCCAGAUUUGUCGGAUAUUCAAGGCUGGGGAUCGGGAGCCUUCCCAGCUAGAAAUGCCGCAUCUACAGACGCUCCCUUAGCCACGUCUUGGCCCGAACAUGAACGAGGUCAAGAACGUGGCGAGAAAGUGCCCCCUUCAUCCAAAUUAGAACCUAGGUCGUUCCUAAUUACCGACGGGUCCUCUAGACCAAGCGUCAGAAAUCCGGUAUCAACCCAUGGAAAGGAGAAGAGUGCCAGCCGAGACGAGGAGAUUCCGCGCCCUGACAGUCCCAUUUCCCCUGGAGAAUUCCCAGCUGUUCCGACGACAAGAAUCACGGCGGGCAACAUGACGCGCUUGAGCGCAGUUGAGUCUGGUCUUUUGAGAAAGGCCGGAGAACCAGCAUGA